CGCCUCUCAAAAGGGGAGAAGGAAUAUAUAUCUCAUCAGGGAGUGAGAGCGAGGAAGAGAGAGCGAGUAUGAGAGAAACGGGUAGAUUGGAAGGAGAGAGGGCUCGAACCUCUGCCGAAAAGAAGGCCAAGGAGUGCAAACAGCGUAAGCCUUGGUGUGGGGAGAACGAAGAAAAACAGGACAAGAAUGACAUGUGCGAAGAAGGGGAAGAAGGAAGGGAGAGUCCACAUGAAGAGCGGAGCGGCCACGACAGUUGUGAGGGGAGGUACACGGACUUUGGGGAAGGAUAUGAAAGGAGGGCGGACGUCCCUUAUAACCUGGAUCCGAAGAACUUCACGGGUGAGUUCAGCCUCGUACGACCGGAAGAGGAUGAGGACGAGGAGGAAGAAGUACAAGAGGUCAUCGAGAUUAGUAGUGGCGAUGAGAGGGAUGAGAUCUCAAGGCCUAGAGAAGAAAUGCGACCCCCUACGAACCGGCCACGUGAAGGAUCCUUCAGAUGGGAAGAUGAGUUUGGGACAACGCCCAACCAUUGGUUUGAGCAAUGGAUUAGCGUAAUCAAGCACGACUGGAUUAUCAAGGCCCGAGAGUUCAUGGAGGCAGGAGUGGCAGCCACGCCUUUGGACUUCUACAGUGAAAUGGAGUUGCGGGAAAUUGCGAAGAGAAAGAGGGAAAUCCUGGCCUCCGGCGUGGGAAUUAAAACGGCAGCAGAACGACAGGAUGAGCAAGGGACCAAGUGAGAUGGGACACAUAACAGCAAGAGGGACUAAAUGUUAUGAGCAUUGAACAAAAAUUGUGACAAAGU